CCUUUCUUCCUGGUUAUCUCUCUCUCUCAUUUCAGGUUCCUUUCCUUUCUUCCUGGUUAUCUCUCUCUAAUAUUUUGGCAUGGGAAACUGUGUGGGUAGCUGCUUUCAUGGAGAGACAGAGAGAGCAGAAAUCAUAAAAGUGAUUAGGGAAGAAGAUGCAAAGGUCUUGGUAUACAGACCUCCAAUAAUGGUGAAGGAUAUCCUCCUCCAACACCCUAACUGUGAGGUCAUGGUUCAUGAUAUGGAACCACAAAAAGAGCCCACAAAGCCAUUGGACAGUGACCACAUGAUGAGCCCCAAUGUUGUGUACCAUUUGGUUCAGAAGGAAGAGGAAGAGGAAAAGAGCAAAUUUUCACCCAAAAGAUUGGGUGGAGAGAAGGGCGUUUUGAAGGUCAAAAUUGUGCUCACAAAGCAAGAAUUGGCGCAACUUCUGUCAAAGUGUGGAGAGAAGGGAGGUUCAGUAGAGGACAUAUUGGAGGAGAUCAAGAGAUUGAGUAUUGGUAAAGAGACAGCUUCCUAUGUGACGCAGUCUAAUGAGAUGUGGAGGCCUACUUUGGAUAGUAUACCUGAGGAGCUACCAUUGUGAUGGGUUAAAAUUUAGGGCUAACAGUUUAGAAGAAGAUCCCCUCUGGAUACAGGAGAGAUUGUAGGCCAUUUUCUUUCAAAAACAUUAAGAGAUGAUUGAAGAUCCUUCUGUUGAAUGGAGGAGAGAUUGUAGGCCACAUGAAGAGACGAUUGUAAUUUGUUGGCUCUCUUUAGAAACAUGUACACAUAACAUACUUCAAGAACUUCUUUGAGUAAGAGUGACUUUCUUUAUCUU